UCAGAUUCAGACAUCUGUUCCGAGCCGAGAGGAGAGGAGAGCAGCGUCUCAGCGGGUUUUCACUGUAACAUCACUGUAUGAGAGGCUGGACCGACUAACAACGCCUGUUAUACGGGGUGUAGACACAGUAUAUAGACUUAUCUGUAAUAAUAAUCGUGUGUUUUUGUUUAUUUGGCGUCACAAUGACAGCCCUGUCGCUGCUGUUGAUGGCCGUGUCGGCCGCAUCUGUCCUGGCCGAGUCCUCUGUGUAUCUGAGAGAGCAAUUUGAAGAUGGGGAUGCCUGGAAGAGUCGCUGGGUGGAAUCCAAGCACAAGUCAGACUACGGCCAGUUGGUCCUGACUGCUGGGAAGUUCUACGGAGAUGCAGAGCAAGACAAAGGUCUGCAGACGAGCCAGGACGCCCGCUUCUACGCCUCAUCGUAUCGUUUUGAUGACUUCAGCAACCAGGGCGAGCCUCUAGUCAUCCAGUUCACUGUGAAACACGAGCAGAGCAUCGACUGUGGUGGAGGCUACAUUAAACUGUUCCCCUCAGGCCUUAACCAGGAGGACAUGCACGGAGACUCCGUCUACAACAUCAUGUUCGGUCCUGACAUUUGUGGCCCCGGCACAAAGAAGGUUCAUGUCAUCUUCAACUACAAAGGCAAGAACCAUCUGAUUAACAAGGACAUCAGAUGCAAGGAUGAUGAGUACUCCCACUUGUACACACUGAUUGUCAACCCUGACAACACUUACGAGGUCAAGAUUGACAAUAAGAAGGUCGAGUCCGGCAAUCUGGAGGAUGACUGGGACUUCCUGCCUCCCAAAAAAGUUAAGGACCCUGAAGCCAAAAAGCCAGAGGACUGGGAUGACAGGGAGAAGGUUCCCGACCCUGACGAUAAGAAACCAGAGGACUGGGACAAACCUGAGAACAUCCCUGAUCCUGAUGCUAAGAAGCCUGAUGACUGGGAUGAAGAGAUGGACGGAGAGUGGGAGCCGCCUAUGGUCGCUAACCCUGAGUACAAGGGUGAGUGGAAGCCCAGCGAGAUCAACAAUCCUGCCUACAAGGGCAAGUGGGUCCACCCUGAGAUCGACAACCCGGAGUACACGGCCGAUUCUGAGAUCUAUAAAUACGACAGCAUCGGCGUGAUUGGACUCGACUUGUGGCAGGUUAAAUCUGGUACCAUCUUUGAUAACUUCCUGAUCACCAACGACCCAAACCUGGCAGAGGAAGUAGGCAACGACACAUGGGGCAAAGCUAAGGAUGCAGAGAAGAAGAUGAAGGAAGGCCAAGAGGAUGAGGAGAGAAAGAAGCGUGAUGAUGAUGAAAACCAGAGGAGAGAUGAGGCAAAGGAGGAAGACGAGGAGGAAGAGGAGAAAGAUGAGGAGGAGGAGGGAGAUGAAGAAGAGGAGGAGGAAGGGGAAGAGCAGGAGGAGGAAGAAGAGGAGGAUGAAGGCACGGACUCUAAACUCAAGGAUGAGUUAUAAAAUCCAUGCAGGAAGUGACUGUCUGUGUCAAUGAGCCAUUGGAACGAAGCUGGAGACUGAUGAGACCCUUAUGACUGACACCCUGGGGUGGGGUUGGGUGGGAUGGGGUUUUUGUUUACAAAGCAACGGAGUAGGUGAAAAAGGGCAAUUAUUGUUCUGUUUCCAUGUGCUACUACUACUACUACUACUACUACUACUACUACUACUACUAUUAUUAUUAUUAAUAUUAUUAUUAAACGAGGAAUAGUAAUAGAAAGACUGAAGAUGUCAUAACGAAUGUCAAGACAGGAAAUCAAAUCAAAUUGUUUUGCAGUUUAUGCCCAGCGGAAAUAUAAAAAUUCUCAUUUGUGUUCUUUGAAAAACUAGGUUUUUAUGAAGUAUAAUGUUGUGGUGACAUGAAAAGCUAUAUUUGGUCUGUGGAUUAUACUUAGACUGUAUAUAUAGAUGGACGACGCGUCUCCACUUCCUCCCACUGUACAAAAGUGAAGCCAAAAUAUCCAGAGCCAGAGUCUGCAAUCACGAGCCGAGCACUGCCACAGCUUGUUAGCGUGAGCCACCUAGCUGCUACGUUAGCAUCACGGUAGCUGUUUGGCUAGAAAGACAAAUCAACUAACCAUAAUAUCUCUGUAGCUACAUUUAUGAUCCAAUUGACUCAAGUUCUAUUACACAGACUCGUGACGGUUAUGGAAAGUUAAAGUUGAGCUCCUUAAAGUUGAGUCCUGAGCUUCCGGCUUUGCGACUGCUUCACUCAGAGCAGCGGUCAAUCAUGACGUCUUUUUAUAGCAUCAAAUAACUAAUUAAAACCAAACUCAUCAGAAAACUAAACAGUUGAAUACAUCAGUGUGAUGAGAACUACUUAAAAUGACAGAAACCAUCUUUGGGAGAAAUUUAUUUGACGUGAACUUGGACUUUUGAGUUUGGCCCAUAUCCCAUCCGCCAACAUGGAGGGGGAGGGAUUUAUGACCUAUACUGCAGCCAGCCACCAGGGGGCGAUCGAGAUGUUUUGGCUUCACUUUUAGGGAGCUGUCAUGUCAUCCAUCUUUAUAUAUAGUCUAUACGAUGAUACCAUGAUAAGGUUUUGUUUACCUCAUGUGUUUUGUUUGUCUUAAUAAUCUGUGUCACAUGUUUUUGUUUGUUAAUCUUUUGCAGUCAGUCAUGUCACUCUGUCUCUUUAAAAGCUUUGUCACUCUCGAAGGAUUCGACAGGGUUAGACAUCAUUAUUACACAGGUUAUCUUACCUGCUCUUAUUUAAACUUCUUGAUUUGAACAAGGGUUAAUGACCUAGGGAAAAUAGUGCACCAGGACUGACUAUACUGAAUAUAGGACUGAAUUUGACAACCUGUUGAAAAAAGUCGUCGUCCAUAGGAUGGUUAAGAUGAAACCCCUUGCAUAGUUUUGUACUGUAUAGUUAACACUUUUUUUUCACUUCAAUGCAUAUACUGUAGUAUUGUGUGUCUAAAUAAACUGUGCUCAAACUCAGAUGUACAUUGAGAGCACUCCAGUAGCAGGUAAGCUUACAUUCAUUUGGUACGUGUUCACGUUAGGUUUACUCAUUUCUGAUGCUAAUAUCUCUGCACUGCUGUACCCCCAACACACUGUCCCAAACAGUCUGAGAGAUGAUCCUUUUGUAACAGACACAUUUUGUACUAAUGGUAGUAAUUGAAGUGGGAAGAUUUUCAUGUUGCUGUGUAAAAAACAAAGACAGGUGUUCUGUCCAAUAAAAUCAACCAGUGGAAAAUGA